AUUCAACUGCCGAGGGAAUCGACUCGUUUUUCUCUUUAAUUUCUUAUAAUCUCCGGUUAAGUAAAAUAUAUUUGACCGCGACUUAAAAUCGAAACAAAAACCAGGUAUAAUUUUUCCACCCGUACGAUUUGGUGGAUUCUGCUCCAAAACCAGAUCAACUAUGCUCGUGCGGAUCUGCAGGUAACGCGAUCGAAUCCCAUGGCGCUCAAUAUGAAAACCCUGACGCAGGCCCUGGCGAAAACCGCUGCGGAAAUACAGAAAACAGUGCAAACCACAGUACAGGAUGUAACAGGACCCAAGGCACUUCAAGAUUACGAGCUACAUGAUCAAGUCGGAUCAGGCGGGCCAGGAUUAGCAUGGAGGCUUUAUAUGGCUCGGCCGAGAAACAAAGGGACAGCGCAGGCUCAGUAUCCUCAAGUCUGCGUGUGGCUUUUGGACAAGAAGGCCCUUUCGGAGGCGCGGCAGAAGGUAGGCCUUUCGAAGGCCAUGGAAGAUGCGUUUCUGGACAUAAUUAGAGCAGAUGCGGCCAAGCUUGUUAGGCUACGGCACCCUGGUGUGGUUCAUGUCAUUCAAGGUUUGGACGAGAGCAAAGGAGCUAUGGCCAUGGUUACCGAGCCUAUUUUUGCGUCCGUGGCCAAUACGCUUGGUAGGUUUGAUAAUGUCGCAAAGGUGCCCAAGGAGCUCAAGGGAUUGGAGAUGGGACAAUUGGAAAUAAAGCAUGGUUUGCUACAAUUAACAGAAUCGCUGGGAUUUCUUCACAACAAUGCACGGAUGAUUCAUCGUGCCAUAUCACCAGAGGCAAUUUUUAUCACUUAUAGUGGAGCCUGGAAGUUGGGUGGCUUUGGCUUUGCUGUUGCCACAGAUCAGGUUUCAGGAGAUACAAAUGUUGCUCAGCCUUUUCAUUACCCAGAAUAUGAUGUUGAGGAUGUUGUAGUACCACUCACGCCUUCCUUAAACUACACUGCUCCUGAGCUGGUUCGCAGUAAGAUGUCAAAUGCUAGCUGUUCUUCAGAUGUAUUUAGUCUUGGAUGUCUUGCAUACCACUUGAUCGCACGAAGACCUCUCUUGGACUGUAACAACAAUGCUCGAACGUAUGCAAGCAAGAUAACUUACUUGUCACACGAGAACUUUUCAAACAUUCCUCCAGAACUCUUACAUGAUCUACAGCGAAUGCUUAGUGCAGACGAAUUAUCAAGACCGAGUGCUUUGGAUUUCACAGGUUCUUCCUUUUUUCGGGAUGAUACAAGAUUACGUGCUCUCCGCUUCCUUGAUCAUAUGCUUGAAAGAGAUAACAUGCAGAAGUCGGAGUUUUUAAGGGCAUUGUCCGGGAUGUGGAAGGAAUUUGAUUCUCGUGUGCUUAGAUAUAAGGUUCUUCCACCCCUCUGUGCAGAACUUCGCAAUGUGGUCAUGCAGCCAAUGAUUCUUCCCAUGGUGCUCACUAUUGCUGAAUCACAGGACAAAAAUGACUUUGAACUUUCAACAUUGCCAGCUUUGGUUCCCGUGUUGUCCUCAGCAGCAGGUGAAACAUUGUUGCUCAUGGUGAAACAUGCUGAACUUAUUAUCAACAAGGCCAGUCAAGAGCACUUGGUAGCACAUGUACUUCCAUUGUUAGUUCGGGCUUAUGAUGACCCUGAUGUCCGAAUACAAGAAGAAGUUUUACGACGGACAAUCCCCUUAGCUAAACAACUUGAUUUUCAGGUUAUGAAGCAAUCAGUUCUUCCUCGCGUUCAUGUUUUGGCACUUAAAACUACAGUUGCUGCAGUACGAGUGAAUGCAUUGCUAUGCCUGGGAGAGCUAGUACAGUGGUUGGAUAAGAGAUCAGUUUUAGAGAUAUUGCAGACACUACAAAGGUGUACUGCUGUCGAUCAUUCUGCACCUACACUAAUGUGUACUCUUGGAGUUACAAAUGCAAUAUACAAGAAGUACGAUUUAGAGUUUGCUGCAGAGCAUUUGCUUCCUCUACUUGCACCAUUACUGGUUGUACAGCAGUUGAAUCUUCAACAGUUUUCCAAGUACAUGCUCUUUGUAAAAGAAAUCCUUAGGAAAAUUGAAGAGAAACGUGGUGUAACUCUUAAUGAAUUGAAUCCUUCUACUUUAGAUACGAGUUCAACAUCAUCAGUGGGAAUGAAUGGGGUUCAUAUUGACUCCCUUAAGACAGAGGGUGUGGUCUCAGUUGCAGGAGGAAAAUCUAGCAGCUCCUGGGAUUCAGAAGAUUGGGGUUCAAUUACUAAAGGCCCCCAAAGCUUUAGUAACGCCAAUAUGUCUACUAUUAAUGGAAAUCCACUAUCUAACAUCUCAAAGUCUGGUUCUGUUCAUAAUAUCACUCCAAUGAAUGGAAUGCGAUAUGAUAGUUCUAUCUCUUCUACAUCCACAUCAUCUGUCAGUUCAUGUACACCAGUAGAUGUUCAGUGGCCACCACCAGCUCCUGCAACUACAGAAGCUCCAAAAAUAACUAACAGUCAACUUGGUUCUGCAACAUUUACAGACUUUGGAAGUUGGUCCUCAGGACCUAGCUAUGACCAUCAGGACCUUGCAAGCAAAAAAUCAGCAUCAAAUGGCAUGACUAAUUUUCAUCUUGAACCAGACCCUGCAGUUGAUGAUUUCGAUCCCUUUGCAGAUUGGCCUCCACGUACAAGUAACAAUAUCAAUAAUAAUUCAAAACAACAAAUUGGUAAUGCAGGGCCAAUGAGUAGUUCCAUUAAUGCGCAAGUUCAAAAUCCUUCUAGUUCACUGAACUGGUCAACCUUAAGUCCACAUAUGCCGCCCAGUUCCUUGGCUCUUUCAGCAAAUCAACAGCAGGCAGAUAUUGGGUCGAUAUUUUCAUCUGCUAGGAAUGAACCAGCAGUUUUGAAGAUUGCUCCACCUCCACCUUCUGGAGUGGGCAGAGGAAGAGGAAGAGGAAGAGUGAAAGUAAAAAGUCAAGUGCCUUCUAUCCAUUCUUCAGGGGGUAGUAAUUCAAAGCCACCUGUCGAUCAACCUCCACUUCUAGAUUUGCUUUAACUUCCAUGAACUGCUGCACCUGUAAACCGUUUUUAAGAGCUGCAAUAAUGCACAAGCAUAUAUUCUAUGGUAGAACUUGUUUUUGUGAGAGUUCUUUUAUUGACAAUUCUGCUUCAGUAUGUUGUGAGAGAAAUAAUAGGAAAAAAUUGCCUUUAUACAAGCGGCAAUCUUCAAAGUGAAGCCUUUUGAGCUAUAAGGCAUCGUGUAUUUUUAUACCAUUGUUCUAGAGCAUGCAGUCACUGUCUCUUGCCAUUGUAUUUUAUCAUCUUAUUCUUCAGGCUCUUAAUGCACAAGACGUGCUUCCAAGUAAGGUAUGUAAAUAAUGCCUUCAUUGUUAACGUUAUCAAUAGUUGGUAAAAUUUUACCAUGUUCUGCCAAAAUAAUUUCAUGCCUGGGGAGUCUUGUAACAAUAAUAUUAAACCAUAUGGAUAUUAUUACAUCAUCACGUUUAUUGUUCUUUUGUGCUUA